UUCAUCCAAUUUUUUAACUUCGCAGUCGCACGAAAUUUGUGAAAACACUCUGCCGAACGACUAGACAAAACAGCGUUCGCAGUCGAAGUUCCAUUUUUUCCUACGGAAAAAAGUUCUUAAUCCGGUGCUGAUAUCGAUCCUUCGACAAUGGCAAACGCUUUGGUGCGUUUAAAUACGCUUCCGCGUCAACAGAUCGCGGCCCUUGUCCCGGUGCUGAGAGGAACCAGUGCGUCCGCAUCGGCAGCAGCGACCAACAAGCAACAGGCCCGGCAGCAGUCUGCCCAGGCUUCGGCUCCACCGCCGCAAACGAAAACCAAGUUCGGCCCGUUGGCCGACCAGGAUCGAAUCUUUACUAACCUUUAUGGGCGACACGAUUGGCGUCUAAAGGGAGCUCUCAAGCGGGGAGAUUGGUAUAAGACCAAGGAGAUCCUCCUGAAGGGAACCGAAUGGAUCAUCAAUGAGAUCAAGGUCUCGGGACUCCGUGGACGUGGCGGGGCUGGUUUCCCCACCGGUAUGAAGUGGUCGUUCAUGAACAAGCCAUCGGAUGGCCGUCCAAAGUACCUGGUGGUCAAUGCGGACGAGGGAGAACCCGGAACUUGCAAGGAUCGUGAGAUCAUGCGCCACGAUCCGCAUAAACUGGUUGAAGGUUGUCUGAUUGCUGGUCGCGCUAUGGGAGCUCGUGCGGCCUACAUCUACAUCCGAGGCGAGUUCUACAACGAGGCAUCCAAUAUGCAAUUGGCUAUUGCUGAAGCCUAUCAGGCUGGGCUAAUUGGCAAGAAUGCUUGCAACUCCGGAUAUGACUUCGAUGUGUUUAUGCAUCGCGGUGCCGGAGCGUACAUCUGCGGCGAGGAGACCGCCUUGAUCGAAUCGCUUGAAGGAAAGCAGGGAAAGCCGCGUUUGAAGCCUCCAUUCCCGGCUGACGUCGGUGUAUUCGGGUGCCCAACCACGGUGUCCAAUGUGGAAACGGUUGCCGUAGCUCCUACAAUUUGCCGCCGAGGUGGAGUCUGGUUCGCCAGUUUCGGACGUACCCGUAAUUCUGGAACCAAGCUGUACAACAUUUCGGGACAUGUCAACACUCCUUGCACCGUCGAGGAGGAAAUGUCCAUCCCGUUGAAGGAGCUGAUCGAACGUCACGCUGGAGGAGUUCGUGGAGGAUGGGAUAAUCUGCUGGGUAUCAUCCCAGGAGGCUCAUCGACUCCUAUUAUUCCGAAGCAUGUUUGUGAUGAUGUGCUGAUGGACUUUGACGGACUGGUCCAGGCGCAGACAUCGCUCGGAACGGCUGCUAUCAUCGUGAUGGAUAAGUCGACCGACGUCAUCAAGGCAAUUUCGCGUUUGAUUGACUUCUAUAAGCACGAGAGUUGCGGCCAGUGCACGCCAUGCCGUGAGGGCAUAGCUUGGAUGUACAAAAUGAUGCAUCGCUUUGUUGAUGGAAACGGGCGCCCAGAGGAGAUCGACAUGCUGUGGGAAAUCUCCAAGCAGAUCGAAGGACAUACCAUCUGUGCGUUGGGUGAUGGUGCAGCGUGGCCAGUUCAAGGCCUUAUCCGUCACUUCCGACCGGAAAUCGAGUCGCGUAUGAAGAAAUUUGAGCAGAAGGUAGCCGCUAAACAGUGAUAGGUAAAUUUAUUUCAAAUUGUGAACAUAAAUGAAGCGGUAACAUGUUUUCUUCAAUCUACGCUUCAACAAUGUAUGGAAAAGCACGGUUAUUAGCGUAAACAUCUACGAUUAUGUAUAAACUACCAUUCGAUCGUUAAUUGACAAAGUA